CCCCGUCCCCCCGCGCUGGCGGCCGCCGGCCAUGCUGGGGCUCCGCCGCGCCUUCGCUGCGCUGCUGCCGCGGGCAGGGCUGCCGCCAGCCGCUGCCAUGUCCACGCUGCUGAUCAGCCAGGAGCGCUACGCGUGGCUGCGGGAGCUGGGGCUGCAGGAGGAGAACCCGGGCGUGUACAACGGGCGCUGGGGCGGCCGCGGGCAGGUGGUGACCACGUACUGCCCCGCCAACAACGAGCCCAUCGCCAGCGUCCGGCAGGGUAAUUUGGAGGAUUAUGAAGAAACAGUAAAGAAGGCUAAAGAGGCAUGGAAGGUCUGGGCUGAUAUCCCUGCACCUAAACGUGGAGAAAUAGUGCGACAGAUUGGUGAUGCCCUGAGACAAAAAAUCAAAGUUCUAGGAAGCUUGGUCUCUUUGGAAAUGGGAAAGAUUUUUGUCGAGGGUGUUGGGGAAGUGCAGGAGUAUGUUGAUGUCUGUGACUACGCUGUUGGUUUGUCCCGAAUGAUUGGUGGACCUAUUUUGCCUUCAGAAAGACCUGGCCAUGCCCUUAUAGAGCAGUGGAAUCCCGUUGGGUUAGUAGGAGUCAUCACAGCCUUCAACUUCCCCGUGGCAGUUUAUGGGUGGAACAGUGCAAUUGCAAUGAUUUGUGGAAAUGCUUGCCUCUGGAAGGGUGCUCCUACAACGUCCCUUGUUAGUGUUGCUGUUACAAAGAUAAUUGCCAAAGUCUUGGAGGAUAACAAGUUGCCUGGAGCAAUCUGCUCUCUGGUUUGUGGUGGAGCAGACAUUGGGACAGCAAUGGCAAGAGAUGAGAGGAUGGACCUCUUGUCCUUCACUGGCAGCACAAAAGUGGGCAAGCAAGUAGCGCUUAUGGUUCAGGAGAGAUUUGGUCGAAGCCUGCUGGAACUGGGAGGAAACAAUGCCAUUAUUGUGUUUGAAGAUGCAGAUCUGAACCUAGUCAUCCCAUCUGCUCUAUUUGCUGCUGUGGGAACAGCAGGCCAGAGGUGCACAACUGCUAGAAGGCUGUUUCUCCAUGAAAGCAUCCAUGAUGAGGUGGUGGCAAAGCUUGCCAAGGCCUAUGCCCAGGUCCGCAUCGGUGAUCCAUGGGAUUCUGACACUCUGUAUGGGCCUCUUCAUACUAAAGAAGCAGUGAAAAUGUUCCUUGAUGCAGUAGAACAAGCAAAACAACAGGGAGGCUCUGUGGUCUGUGGUGGAAAGGUUAUAAACCGCCCUGGAAACUAUGUUGAACCAACCAUUGUGACUGGCCUUCCUCAUAACGCGCCCAUUGUCCACACUGAGACAUUUGCUCCCAUACUGUAUGUGCUGAAAUUUAAGGAGGAAGAGGAGGUUUUUGCCUGGAAUAAUGAAGUAAAACAAGGUCUUUCCAGCAGUAUCUUUACCAAGGAUUUGGGAAGGAUUUUCCGCUGGCUUGGGCCAAAGGGAUCUGACUGUGGCAUUGUGAAUGUUAACAUCCCAACCAGUGGAGCUGAGAUUGGAGGUGCUUUUGGUGGUGAAAAGCACACUGGUGGGGGAAGAGAAUCUGGAAGUGAUUCAUGGAAACUUUAUAUGAGACGAUCUACUUGCUUUGAAUUCCGUACAUGUGGUGCAGAACAAUCCUACCAGAACUGGCUUGCUAAGUGACUUCCAGUGAAGUGGCUCUGAGGAGAGUGAUUUUUAAGGACUGCUACAGAUUAUAAUAUGUUCUGGCAAGGAUUUAGGUCCCUGUAAGUAGUUAUGAUUAUGAUGAAGUAUUAAACUAAGGAGGUUUAAAGAUAUGGUAAGCACCCAGCUUCUCAAUUUCUGCUUUAAUUUGGAAAGUCCACUCAGGAGAUUGUAAACUGCAUUAGCUGUCAGUCAGUUAUGUCACCCAAGGAAACCAAUUUUGAGAAUUCCUAAAAUGUGUUUGGAGCUACUGGUAUGUGCAACAUAAUGGAACUUGCAGUUUUAAUACAAAUUCUAUCAGCGUCUUCCACUGUUGCGUAAACUUAAUUACCACUGAGUGUGUAACACCAGUGAAUAACAAGUGUUAAAUGACACGUGAUCAAUAAUUCAUUUGUUAGCACAGUAUUGCUUACUGUGAAAUGACCUUGAUGGGAAUAGUCUUGCAAGUAAUUUCCUUUCUUUUUGC